AUGUCUUCAAACAAGAUGGAGCAGAGCCUCGACGACAUCCUCAAGGCCUCCAAGACCUCUCGCCGUGGCCGCAGCGCACGCAAGUCCGGCGCUGGAGCUGGACGACCGGCCGCCGCCGCCGCUCCCGUAGGCGGCGUUUCCAAGUCGACCAAGCCGCAAGGCAGGCAGCCCAAGGGAGCCCCCACCGCACCCGCCGCCGCCUUCGCUGGUGAGACCAAGAUCAUGGUAUCCAACUUGCCACGGGACAUUGACAAUGCCCAACUCCAGGACUACUUUGUUUCAGCUGUUGGUGUAGGUCGCCCCAAGAAGGUUCUUCUCCAGUACGAUGCCCAGGGCCGUAGCGUCGGUAGCGCUACUAUCAUCUUCAACAAGCACGACCAAGCCGCCAAGGCCACCGCUGCUCUCGAUGGUGUCAAGAUUGAUGGUCGCCCUGUCCGCGUCGAGAUGCUGGUCAGCGCCGCCGCUAUCCCUGCUACAACUCGCCCAUCUUCGCUUGCCGACCGUGUAACUCAGCCCAGGAAGGACAAGCCAAAGCCUGCUACUGUCGAGAAGACUGCCCCAGGUGCCGCACGCGGACGUGGUCAGACUACUCGUGGUCGUGGAAAGGGCCGUGGAGGUCGCGAGGCUCGUCCCAAGAAGAAGACUGUAGAGGAGCUCGAUGCUGAGAUGGCUGAUUACUUCCCUGGUGGCGAGUCUAACGCUGCUGCCGGUACCGCUGAGGUCGCCCAAAUCACCGCCGGCGGUGAUACUGCCAUGGACGAUGAGAUGCUCUGA